AUGAUAUUAGUGCAUAUGUACUUAUUGGCAUUGAUGCCAGUGAUGGUUCUAUCUACUUGCAAUAUAAUCUAAUAAUAAGAUCACGUCUAUCCCACUGUAAAGGAAUAUUACAAGUGGGAAAUCAGAAAUUUUAUUCAAGGUGAUAAUUUGAUUUAUCAAUUGGACUCUCCUACUAGUCUGUUCCAACUUGAAUAGCCUUUACAUAGGAUCAGCGAGGCAAACCAUUUGGCUCCUCACAUCGAAAUGAUCGCUAUUCGAGCCUUUGAUAUUCCUGAAACUGGUGCUUGGACAAACGAUUUUGCCUUUAUGGGUCAAGAUUCUUCAGACGACACUUGGUGGAUAUAUUAUUCAGAGGGAAAAUAAAUCUAGAUGAAUUUAGCUCCUUAAUUUUCAAAUGAACUUAACUUCUUAUAAAACAACCCUCUUAUGAAAUGUUUGGAUCUUGAGUAUAUUGAUAGGAACACAUUUUUAGUUGAUUGCAUCGAGCGUGGUGACGAUACCAAUUUAGGCAAGAAUUACAUAUAUAUUGUUAAAAAGGGUGAUCCUCCCGUCAUCACAUCUUAUCAUUGGAACUCUAGAAAAUAUAAAACUGUUAACGAUAGAAAGGUAUAGUAUCAUGUUUACAAUGCUCAAAAUAUUGGUGAGGGUGGUGUUUCUGACGAAGUGCCUCUUAGGAUCUUAUUGAGAGGUCAAUAUGCUUAUGGUACUCCUGGCAGUAGCAUAACUAACCUUGAUGGUGAUUGCAUGAUAGAGUUGCUAACAAAUAACGAUUAGAAUGAAUUUGUAGAAACUAAUCAGAUUCUGGAUAGAAAUCUAUUGAUAAAGGAUUUACAGAUAAAAGCAGAGGAUUAGGAGAACUUUAAAUUCAAGAUGAUAGAUUUUAAAAUAAUGCCUAAUGGUGAUAUUUAUGUGUUGGAUGCCUAGAAUGGUAUUUACAUUUAUUUUGUCACUUCAAGAUCUGAGUUCAAAUUCAAGAGAAAGAUUGAAAUCGGAGCAGAUUUAGCUUAUGCAUUUGACGUCAAUAAUAAGAUUGACUUAGAGGGCAAUAAUCAUGUUCACAUUGCUGUAGUUCAUCAGAAAUCAGUUGUAGAAUAUAUUGAUGGAUAACAAACAGGAGGGUGGUUGGAUGCAUUUGAUGCUAAACAUCCUGCAUUCAUAUUUGCAAGUCAACAAUUCUUGAUAGUCAAUCCAGGAGGAAAUACUUUCUACAUUUAUAAUUCAGAUCAUCAAUACUUAAUUCAUACAGAAGUUUUGCUCACUAAAAUAUACUUGGCAAAUCCAUAUGAGCCAGAUCUCAUAGCUAUCACAAAUUCAUUUGCUUACAGAUACGAAGUGGGAUAUGCAAGAUUAGCAGUUCACUCUUAUGAUGCUACACUUGGAGAUAAUGAAGUUGAAUUUUCAGCAACUGCAACAGACAAGAAAUGUUCAGCAUCACUCAAAUAUCAAAUAAUUAAAGAAGGUGACACAACUAUUUAUCCAGUUGAUCAUGAUCCAUUCCCAUAAGUAAUGUAAUAUCCUUCAGAUCCCAUCUUCGUGUAGGAAUUGGCAGCUGGACCAAACUUGAUAUAUAACAAUGGAGAUGAUUCACAAAAAGAUCAUGUUAUUGUAGACAUUCACACAGUUUGGGAACUCAAUGUUACUGGAUUGACUUUUCCAACUGUUACCGAUGUGGCAUAUGCUGAUGUACUCAUAGAUCCUCAUUGGUCUGGUGCCCAUAAAUUUUGGUUCCUUUAUUAAUUGUAAUCAACAAAAUAGAUUGAAAUCUUUGAAUGCACGACCAAAACCUAGUUAUCAAGAGAUGUUCAUUGUGAAGAACACGCCAAAUUUAAAAUUCCAAAUAUCUUAAAUCCAAGUACUUCUCAAUUUGAUUGGGAUGCAGAAGAAGGUGACGUAUUGACACUUUAAUUCAUCGAAAAUGAUUAUUAAAUCUCCAUCUACGAAAGUACUCAUGAUUAAUCAGGUCCCUUAUUUAAAAUAGAUUAUGAACAAACAACUGACAAUAAGAUUACGUCAUUCACUGUUUUGAGAAAAGCCAUUUAUGUAGUGUUACCAAACAAAAAAGAAGUUGAUGCUUGGUUUGGCUUCUUCCCCACACCAACAUAGCAUAUCAUUUCCAGUAAAACAAUACUAAUGCAGGGAAGUGAAAGAGUAUUCGAACCUAAGAGAGUGUUUGGUAAUCCUGCUCUGAAGAGUGAAUUUGUAUUGAUUCAAUCAAAAGAUUGCAUUUUCUUUGGAGACAUGAGAAAUACCUUCACCUUAAUUUAUGUGUUUGACAUCAUCCCUGGUGCCGAUGUUAGAGCCUACUUGGGAACAAAAACCAUCUUUAUAGUUCAAAAGAGUGAUACCCUUGGAUUCAAGAUAUAGGAGUACAAUUAUGAGAAAUUGAACAACAUCUACCUGAUGAAGGAGUUGCCACUCUACGACUACGUUAUCCAAAGUCCAUUGACUACUGAUUAUUGUUAUUAAACUGGAUUCUUGUUUGUACGUGCCUUAGACCCAUCUUCAUAAGAAACUGUGAUUCUAGUCUAUGAAUCAAAUGUCCUCUAUCAGUUGUCAUUACACAAAGUCGUUAAGACUCACUUGAAAAUCAAUGAUGGUUAAGUUAUGAAUAUGGCUGCUGCUGGACAUGACUAAAUGUACAUGUAUGUCAACAAUCAACAAAACAUCUAAAAGAUGAUUGGGUUUUUGAGAGAUGCCAUUGCAAUUUUGUAACCAUCUCAUCUAACCAAUCAAUAUGUUACCAAUUUGAUGGCUACAGUCAAUAUCACGAAUCAAGUGGUUACCAAACCGUAUUAGAUUUCAUACCCCAUCAAAUAUGUGAAUACUCAAACUUACAUCAAAGUUGAUUAAGAGGAGUUGUCAAAACAAAAGGAUUCAUUUGUAUUCCUCAAUUAAGCUGCCGAUCAAUUUUUAGAAAUUAAAACAACUGGAUGGUAAUCUGGAUAAGUAAUCAAGUACGAUGCUGAAUGCAAUUCAUGUGGAUCACAAUAGAUCAAAAUGCUUAAUCCAGUUUAUAAUCUUACAACUGGACAAUAAUAUCAAUAACGCUUUAUCGAUGGAGUUGCUAUAGGUACUUCAAUGAUCUUUUUGACAAGUGAUUCCUUAAUCCUCCAAGAUGAGACAGGUAAAUAUGUAGGCACACACAAAUUACCUCUAGGAAUUGGGGCUGAUUGCAAAUCUAUUACAGCAACUGAUAAUGGUAAAGCAGUAUUGUGUGGAUGUGAAGAAAGAGGAGCUGUCAAUAUCUAUCUAGUUUUUUGUGAUGGAAAGACAUUCACAUCUGCUACACCAACAGUGCAAUAGGUUGGUUAGAAUGCAAAAUACCCAUCUAAAUUAUUGUACAAGGAUGGCAUACUUUUUAUUUUGGACAAUAACAACAACGAUCCAACAUAAUAUGAUGGUAGUGUCAGAGUUCAUAAAGUCAAUAUAAAUGAAGCAGACAAGUCUUGGACUUUUGAAACUGGAAAAGUCAUCAAUUCUUAAUUCUUAAGCACUGAACCUACUGUACCUUUUCAACCAGCAGAUUUUGAUGUUAUCAAAUAUGAAGUUGGCAAUGUACAUUAUUUCAAGUUAUUGUUAUCCAGUGCCUUAUAUAGAGUUUGGUUUGUUGAUCUCUAUUUUGAUAAUGGAACCAUUAAAUUCGGAUAACAUGAUAAAUUUGAUCUUUUUGGAUUAAUCGACAAAAACUUUGCAAUCAAAAGUCACACUCGUUUCUACUAAAUCAGAGCAAUUAAAUCAACCAAAAAGGAUAAGUCACUCUUAACCACUGCUUUGAUAUCUACUAAUAUCAUGGCCACGUAUGCUGUCACCUUCACAUAUGACAUCACAGACCCUGUCAAAGGAGCACCUGUCUCAUCAGAUGCCACUGUUCCCUUUUUGCUUGCCAAUUACGGAACUUGGAGACAAAUGAACAAACUUACACUCUUUGAAGAUCACGUCGCCAUUGCUUAUACCAAUCAAUAAAGCAUUAUGGUUGCCGUCUAUUUGUUACCAACCAUUGAUCAUAAUGCCAUAUAAGAUAGUUAAACUAAAGUUGUCACGCUGAUAGGAGGUGAAGAAGACUAAUAAAUGUUGCAAAUCUCUACUUAUUUUGUUAUGACUCUCUCCAAAGAUGCUACAUUAACAAGACCUGUACUUCAUACCAAUCUUCUUUUUAAUGAUGCAACAUUUGAAAAUAUGCUCAUCAAAUACGGAGUCACUGAUUAUCCAAGAUUAUUCAUUUAAAAGGGAGAUCAGGUAGAAGCAUAAAAUGUUUACAUCACUGCCAGAAAUGAUUAUGGAUCAGCACAAGCUGUCAUUCAUUUAACCAAGAAAAAUCCACCCGGGCCAGACCCUCCUGGUCCUGAACCAGAUAAUGAUUCUAAAGGAAGUAGCAAUUGGUGGUGGAUUACAUUGAUAGUUAUCUUUGGAGUUGCUAUUCUUGGUGUUGGCGGAUAUUUUAUCUAUACCAAAUUCUUUCAAAAUAGAAAAACUGCAUUACAAGUUUAAGCCUAUUGA